AUGUCAAAACUUCUACUUCCGUUACAACCAAAUAAAGGAAAGUUGGCGAACACUUUGACCGAGCAGCAGUGGUGCCCUUCAUGCUGUCUGACCAAUGAGAGCCAGUGGGUCUUCAGAGUCCCUGUCUAUGGUCCAUUUGGUGUUGGGCCACGGAGCGCCACCUCCCUGGGGACCUCCCUGGAGACGGCUGGACCUCUCUGUCUGGCCCCCACCCCGGCAUCAGUGGGCGUCAGCGUGCCACCCAAGGGCGCGCCGCAGUUUAGUUGCAGCUGUCAUGGUCUUGAUCUGUUUUUGAUGACCUCCAAGCACCACUCUCACUCGCGCCUCACUGCUUUCCUCCCAGGCUGA